AUGGAGAAGGCUAAGAAACUUUUGCUACAAGAUCCAAAACUGAAAAAAGGUUUUAAGUUUGAUCAUGUGUGGGUAAUGAUGAAGGAUGUUCCAAAGUUUACAAGCAAUGUCAACAUAUCUAUCCCAGAUACUCUUAACACUGAGAGCAAUACUUUCGGCUCUCCGACAUCACAAUCUCCGAAAAUGCCUUCAUUUUCAAUCAAUUUAAGUAGUGAUGAUGGCGGAUCAAGUUCCCGUCCUAUUGGAUCAAAGAAAGCAAAACUCAAAAGGAAGACUACGGAAGGUAAUAAUAUGGUGGCUGAUACUUUGAUAUCAUCCAAUGAACAAAUCCUUGAUUUUUUAAAAGAAAGUGCAACAAGCAGAGAUAAAAAUCAUGAGAUGAUUGAAUUACGAAUGAAAAAUGAAGCAAGAAAGUUAGCUUUAAAAGAAGUAAAAGAGGAAAAUAAAAUAUUGCUAAAAAAUUUAGCUUCUAUCGGUGAUAUUAAUACUCGUGAGUACAUUCGUUCUGAACAAGAAAGAAUCAUACGUAAAAGACGUCAAGAACAACAAGAACAACCAUCUUCGGUUACAAAAAACUUGUUUGGAUUUGAAGAUUUUGGAGCUUUCGGGGGAGAUUUACCAAAUUAUUAG